UUUGACCAGCUUCAUAUGAUGAUCAUCGUUGUUCAUGCAUCUCCCUUAACCCCAAUUUCACAAAAUCGGCUCUUUUUGUCUCGAUCAUCUCACCCCACCAAACAAAUCCAGUCACAUAUUCAUAUAUAGAAACAAAAAAACAUCAAGCUCCGUGUAGCAUAGCAUAUUGUGUUGUGUUGUGUGUGUUGUUUACUGUAAUCAAUCAACACAACACUGCACAAACAUCAUAGGAUGAAGAUGUUGUUGCUACCCUUGAUGUUUGCAGUGUUUUCUUGCAUGAGUUUGAGUUUGGCAGCGCCUUCUCCAUCCCCGACAUCGACAUGCCCCAUGGACUUGAAUUAUGUUCUGAGAAUCCCAUGGAACAAUUCUGUUUGCCACAACUUCCAAAAGAAUUUGGCAGCAAGAAAUGGAACAGAUGCAAACACUUGUUGCAUAUCACUGUUGUCCCUCUUUGGCGUAGGACUUGCGCAGCAUCUCAAAGAGACUUCUCAGUUCCAACUCCCCAACCUUGCCACCUCAGUUUCAUGCAUCCAAGACUUCCAAUCGAAGAUCUCUUCCCUCUCUCUCCCCGACAACCUUGUAGACUCCUGCUUUGACCCUCUUCAGUUUGUGAUCUCUCCCAACAUCUGUGCUGGGAUUCAGACAAUCUCUGAUUGGACCAAAAAGCUUGGUCAGUCCACAGCACUCAACACUGCUUGCAAACAGGAUCUCACCGAUCUCCCCCUCUGUGAUUUGUGUGUGGGAGCUGGGUUACAGGUCAAGCAGGAGCUUAUUUCCAUAGAUGGUAACACUUCUCACUCCAUGGAUUGUUUUUACUUUACAAUACUCUAUGCUGCUGGGAUUGUGAACGAGUUUGGACCGGAAAGCAAUGGUGCCGUGACUUGUAUUUUUAGCAUGCCUGUUUAUUCAAGGGGGGGUUCUGGGGGAAAGAGUCACCAGGCUCUUGUUUUUGGGUUGACGGGAGCUGGGGUGGCUUUGCUGGUGAUGUCUUCUCUGUUGGGGUUUUAUGUGUGGUGCGACAGGAAGCACAGGAGGAAAAAGCUUGAGACUUUUCAGUUUGAUUUUGACCCUGAGGAACAAGGGUCUAGGCGUAGAUUGAGGCCUAAUACGGGGUCCAUUUGGUUCAAAAUUGGGGAGCUUGAGAAAGCAACUGAUAAUUUUUCAUCGAAGAACUUCAUUGGCCGUGGUGGGUUUGGGUUGGUUUACAAGGGAACCUUGCCUGAUGGGACUGUGGUGGCGGUUAAAAGGAUCUUGGAAUCUGAUUUUCAAGGAGAUGUGGAGUUCUGUAAUGAGGUGGAGAUUAUUAGCAACCUGAAGCAUCGCAAUCUGGUGCCUAUGAGAGGCUGUUGUGUGGCUGAGGAGAGUGAGAAUUAUGAUGAAAGGGGAAGCCAAAGGUAUCUUGUGUACGAUUACAUGCCAAAUGGGAACCUGGAGGACCAUCUGUUUGUGUCAUCAGACUCUCCGAAAGCAAAGGGAUCGUUGACAUGGCCUGAGAGGAAAAGCAUAAUCUUGGAUGUGGCAAAGGGGUUGGCCUAUUUGCACUAUGGAGUUAAACCUGCAAUUUUCCACAGGGAUAUCAAAGCCACCAAUAUUCUACUUGAUGCGGAUAUGAGGGCAAGAGUUGCUGAUUUUGGUCUUGCCAAACAAAGCCGAGAGGGUCAGUCUCAUCUGACAACCAGAGUGGCUGGAACUCAUGGAUAUCUAGCUCCAGAAUAUGCACUCUAUGGUCAGCUCACUGAGAAGAGUGAUGUGUAUAGUUUUGGUGUAGUUGUUCUGGAGAUUAUGUGUGGGAGAAAGGCUCUUGACUUGUCAUCAUCAGGAUCACCAAGGGCAUUCUUGAUCACAGAUUGGGCCUGGUCACUGGUAAAGGCUGGGAAGUUAGAAGAGGCUCUAGAUAGUUCCCUGGUGAAGGAUGAGAACUUUCCUAGCUCAAAUCCUAAGAGCAUAAUGGAGAGGUUUUUGCUGGUGGGGAUUCUAUGCUCCCAUGUCAUGGUUGCUUUGAGACCAACAAUUUCUGAUGCUUUGAAGAUGUUGGAAGGUGACAUUGAGGUUCCACAAAUCCCAGAUCGCCCUAUGCCUCUUGGCCACCCUGCCUUUUACAAUGAUGCCAGUACUUUUACCAUAUCUCCAGCAUUAAGUGGCCUCAAGUUGCAAACUGGAGACAUGCUCAGGUCCAUUAACGAGGGCUAAGUUCUUCAAAAGGAUUUGCAAGUCCAGAAUCUAGCAUUUUUUUUUUUCAUAUGCAGGCUAUUAGACAGAGCAAGAGCAUUUUAUUUUUGCUCUUCUUCCCCUGUAAAAACAGAUUUUGUAUAUGAACACUUUGGAUAACUCUGCGGAUCUUGGAAAAAUUCUGUACAAAAUAUAUACAAGGUUUUGAAUUUUUUUUAUGC